AUGAGUGUAGGUAUAAAUGGUGGUGAUCCAUGUACUUAUAAAAAAAUUCGAGAUGAUAACAAUACAGAUAGUAAUUAUGAUAAUCAUUUAAGCACAAAUGUAUCAGAAUUAAAUGUUACACGUACUCCAAAUACUUAUAUUUUUAGUACUCAUACACAGCAAUUAAAUUCUUCAACAGCCUUCAAUUAUUCCUCAUCGAGUACGACAAAUGAAUCUGCAUCAGAUAAUAGAUCAUCAAAUGAUCAUAGUAAAACAUCCUGA